AUGGCAAUGGAGUUGCAGCAACAAGGUGUGCAUUUCACGGCGAGGGAAAUAAAAUCGAAAAUACACAAUCUUUCACAAAGAUAUAGGAAAGAGAAGACAGCAGUCGAGUCAACUGGCGGUUCUCCCUCGCAGUGGCCACUUUACGAUAAAAUGAGAGCCGUACUGUUGCCGUACGUCAGCUACAAUGCCGAGGGCUUAGUGGAGGAAAGUUUUCAAAGUUCUACUAACUCCGAACCACUCCAAAUUUCGGUGGAAACGGCUGCGUCUUCUACAUUCGUUGCUGCAUCGCCAUUGUCAUCAACGGUUUGCCUACCAUCGCCCUCAGCUAUGCCGAUGUCGCCAAGCGAUACUUCUUCGGUACCAGUACCGUCUCCCGAGCCGAGUGAUGCUAUUAAUAAAAAAAGGAAUAAUUUUCAAAGCAUAAUCUUAAAAAAAUUUGAACAAAUAGAAAAACAGCUCGAAAAAGCAAGUCAGCAAUCCAUUGAAACCAGCAAAGAAAUUAAGGACUUGACAAAAAAAUGA